AGCGCGCGCUCGUCGGCGGGGGGAGGAAACGCCGCCGCCGCUCGUGUUUUUUAUUCUUUAUUUUAUUUGAAUAUAGAAUGGAGAGAUUUCAGCAGCGUGUUCGGAUUUAAAUACGCACGCAAAAGGAAAAGAAAUUCCACCAAAAAAGCAGCGCCGCAUUUAUUUAUUAAUUUCUCCCCGCACCGCAGUGGCCUUCGUUUAAAUGACCGCUCGAGCUGAGCUGCGCGAGCCGCCAUGGAGGAGCGCGAGCCUAAAAUAAACCGAGCCUAGCCUAGCUUAGCAUAGCAAUAAAUUAGCAUAGGAUAACGUAGCUUAGUCCAGUGCGUGGCCCAAAUAACCCAUAUACCAGAAUAACCGAAACCCUGUAUUAUGCGCUUCAUUUCCGGGUCAUUUAAAUGUACGUGGAUAAUAAAGAAGCGCGUCUUCGAUAUCUGUGUCCGCAGUUAGCAUAAAAACCCCGCUAGCGCCAAACCUCUUGCUCAUUUCUCUUCUGUUUCGUGCUUGUGAGAAUUAAUCAUCAACACACCACCUCAUUAUAUAAAUAAUAUGUACGUGGAUGCUCAUUACUGUAUACACAAGAGAAAGCGCGUUUCAUAAAGGAACAGAGAAUAUAAAGCGCUUGGAUCUGUGACUAGCUGCUUUGUGUGGCUCCAGUGUGACACCACAGCGAGUGUCCACGGUAUAUACACCAAUACUCUCCCCAGCUUCAGUGAUUACUAAAUGAAAUCCUGGAUUGGCUGAAAAAAAAAGUUCAACUGAGUCCACUGUCCUGGCAUGGGGGACAUGAAGACCCCCGAUUUUGAUGACUUGUUGGCAGCAUUUGAUAUUCCCGAUAUCGAUGCGAAAGAGGCCAUUCAGUCUGCGCCAGAAGAGGUGGAGGGGCACCAAGGAUCGAGCAGUGGAUCCGUCCCGAAAUCGGGCGAGAGCGGAGUUGGCGGGAGUUCCACCCUCCGAGCCCCGAGCCCGGCCGCCGAUUCACAGAGCGACCCGUCAAUUGUUAGCGUUAUUGUUAAGAACCGGGUGCGUAGUGAAGCCUUUGAAGGUGGUGAUGUACCAGUGUCGGAACCACUCAACCAUAACGGAUUUGUGUCCUCAGGUGGGGCAGGUCAUCUGUCUCAGAGCCGAAAUCAGCCAAAUGGCGAGCCGUGGCCUCUGUGUGGCCCCAAAGUGACUCCGGACACCACAGGGUCGGUGCUCGGCUGCGCUAACACCUCCAAACAGAGUAGCAGCAUCUUCAACAAGCUGAAGCCUCUGAUGGCACAGGGGACUGGAGACCCUGUUGUUAGGGCAAGAAGGAUGCAGAUGCUGCAGCAACAGCAGCAUGCGCAGCAGGAAAUCGGAUUAGAGGGGGCAGACAAGACGAAGAGUGCCGCGCUUCCUGGGGGCACGAGUGGAGUGGCGUCUCCGUUUUUCCCCCCUCCCAAACCAUACCUCCCAAAUUCUUCAGCUGUUCCUUCUUCAUCACCCUCAUCGGCCUCUCCGUCUGUUGGAUCCCGUGUAUCAGGGGCUGUUGCCUCAUCACCACUUGCUACAAGUUUGACAGAACCAUUUAAUGGCACUCCACGCCACAGUUCAUCAGAAUUUAGGCGAAUGGACUCAGAGGAGGAAGAUUCGGAUCCGGAUUCGGGUGGUUCACUGGUCAUUCAAGAAAGUCCAGGCUCUCCCACAUCUCCGAAACGUUCACGCAGACUUAAGUCUCCAGCAGAGAGUUCAGAGUCGCCCUCACUUCCGCGCUCAGCACCCAUGUCUUCAGCUACUUACCCCAAACCAGGGGACAUCCCUUUGGCCUCACCUGCAUCCCCUCAGGUGCAGAACUGGCUUUCGUCACCUGUUCAGACAGGCAGCGUUAAGAGCCCACCCCCAGAAGAGCAAAAUCCAGAGCAUGUCAUUGAGGAACGUGACUCACCUGAAAGUCCAGAGCCUGAGGUCCCCAAAGUUUCAGUGUCUGCGGCUUCCAAAAAGUCUUCCAGCCCAGCACUGAUUGCUUCUUCCUUGCCUACAGGUCUCAGAGAACCUAAAGAAGAAGAAGAAGAGAUGGAGGUGGCCAAACCGGUAAAUGAGGAGAAUGGAGAUACAAAUAAUAUGGUUCAGGACAAUGGACAAAAAGAGGAAGAAAAAAUGGAGGUGGAAGAUGAGGGUAUUUCUUCCCAGGGCCACGCUCUGCCUAACAGCAGCGAAGGCACUGUAGCAGGUGGCAGUGUGUCCUCCAGACCUCUUAAAGUCCGAAUAAAGACCGUUAAAACCUCAACAGGAAGCAUCACUCGAACAGUUACUCGUGUGGCAGGGAGAGGAGCUGCAGGUAAAGGCACAGAUGGCACCAAAGUGCAAGCAGAAGGUCAGACGGUCACUUCUAACAAAGCCCAAAAAGCUGAAGCCACUGGUCGAAUGGUGAAAGGCUCUACUCUCCCUGUGUCUAUUUUAGAAGCGAGCAGUGCCAUGUUAGCUGCAGCAAGCAAAGCUCAAAACAAAAGCCCUGUGUCAUCCGACAAGACCAAGGUCUCUGCCACAGCUGUCAGCAUUACGAAAGCUGCCAACUUGCCGGUAACGCCUACAGUUAGUGGUAUUAGUGUGCGUGCCACUUCUGGUAGGGCAACUAACGGAGGUACGCCUAAUGUUCAUGUACCUUGCAAGCCGGCUUCUAUAGUCAACAGCACAGGGGCUGUGAUUUCUCGGAGUCAGUCAAGUUUAGUCGAAGCCUUCAACAAGAUCCUUAACAGCAAGAACCUUCUGCCUAGCUACCGCCCAGAUCUCUCGACUCCACCACCACCUGAAUGGGGUCUCCCGAUGCCUACAACAGGCUACCGCUGUCUAGAGUGCGGGGACGCCUUUGCUCUCGAGCGCAGUCUGGCUCGUCACUACGACAGGCGCUCUCUAAGAAUCGAGGUGACCUGUAACCACUGCGCGAAGCGGCUGGCUUUCUUUAAUAAGUGCAGUCUGCUGCUGCAUGCUCGGGAGCAUAAAGAGAGAGGGCUGGUUAUGCAGUGCUCACACCUGGUCAUGAGGCCAGUUACUGUGGAGCAAAUGAUUGGCCAGCAGGACACCACACCAAUCGGUAUGCUCUCGCCUCCCCUUUCUUCUCCGUCUUUGUCAACACCCGCUAACCAAUCAGGAACACCUGCGAUCCCUUCCACUCCAAGUCCACUUAAAGAGUCGCCGUCACACGCCCCAGUUGCUUCCCAGAACAGUCCAGCUCGCCGUGGGCCUCAGAGUCCCCAUGUCCUAAUGCCUCUUCCAUGCAAGAAGGGUGAAGUUCUUCAGUACAACAAUUUUAAAUGCCCCGAAUGCCAGACUCAGUUUGCAGGCAAGGCGGAGCUAGUUGCCCACUUUCAGCAAAUCAGAGCUACCCCUAAUUCAACCUGUAUGCUUUGCUCUCCACCGAUGAUGCUGCCUAACGGGUGCAGUGUGUCAGCUCACCAGCGAAUCCAUAAGCACCGGGCUCCCCAUGUGUGUCCGGAAUGUGGAGGCGUUGCUCGUCAGGCCAGUUUUAAGACUCAUCUCGAAGAGGCUUGUCUUCACUUUGCCAGGCGCAUCGGCUACAGAUGCUCCAGCUGUCAGGUGGUGUUUGGUGGCCUGAACUCCAUCAAAUCUCACAUUCAGACUGCUCACUGCGAAGUGUUUCACAAGUGUCCACAUUGCCCAAUGGCCUUUAAAUCGGCCCCCAGUGCCCAGGGACAUAUUAGUACCCAGCACCCCACCCUCAGUGCUGCUCAGGCCAAGAUGAUUUACAAGUGUGUGAUGUGCGACACAGUCUUCACUCAGAAACCCUUGCUGUAUAUGCAUUUUGACACUCACUUGGCCAAGCAGAAGGUGCAUGUUUUCAAGUGUCCGGACUGCACCAAGUUGUAUGCGCAGAAGGGUUCUAUGAUGGAACACAUCAAGACUGCCCAUAGAGGCCUGUCAGGCAAAGCAGAGGCUCCGACCAGUGGCUCGUCUCCUGUCUCAGCAUCAAGUGCAAAUACCGCUACGAGGAAGCAAGGACAGGGUGAGGGGGAAGAGGAAGAGAAAGACGAGGAAGGAGAGGAAAGAGAAAAUGAAGAAGAGGAGGAAGACGACAAUGAUGAGGAAGAUCAACCCAGCUCCCCAGACAGUGGGAGCAGCACAGAGUGGAGAUGCAGGGAGUGCAAGACACGAUACACUGAUAGAGAUGAUUACAUUGAUCACAUGAAGAAUGAGCAUGGCAAGUCAAUAAAGAAAUUUCCAUGCCGACUGUGUGAGCGUUCCUUCAGCUCGGCCAACAGCCUGCGUCGCCAUGUUCGUGUCAUUCAUGAGGGUGUCAAGAGAGUCUUCCAAUGCCAGUACUGUUCAGAGGGAAAACGAACCUUCAGCAGUCGCCUGAUACUCGAGAAACACAUCCGGGUCAGACACGGCAUCCGAACUAGACAGACAAUAGAGAAGCGGAACACCCCGAACACAAGAAAACGCUCAGCACAAGGUGAUGGAGCUGGAAGCUCCUCAGAGGUUGACUAUGAGGGCGGAUCUUCGUCUGUUGGAGGAGGGGCCGAUGUGCCCGAUACUGGAGGGGAAGAGACAACAAGCCCGGCCAAACGAACGCGUACUUGUGAGAAGGAAGAGGAAGCAGAAGAGGAGGAGGGUGGUUUUCGGUGUGCGCCAUGUGGCUUCAGCACGCCAGACCGGAGCGAGUUCCAGCAGCACAUCCUAAAGCAUCGCGACAGCGAGUCAGCGUCACUGCAGUGCGUACAGUGCGGCGCUUGCUUCGCCUCAGCCGCCUCGCUGAGCCGCCACCGCUUCAUCACACACAAGUUAAGGCAGGAUCAUCAGGACAGCCAAAAGACACCACACACACCCAAACCCACAGAGGAGGAGAAGGGUGAAGAGGAGGGCGAGGGGAGCAUGAGCUGCAGAGUGUGCGGCCGCCGCUUUGACAAGACCUCGGACCUAAACACACACUUCCGCACACACGGCAUGGCCUUCAUCAGUGCACACAAGACUGAUAAGGUUGUGUGAGGAGGGGGACUGAGAACUGUGGGAUGAAAAAUAAUAAUAAAAUGCAGUGGGAGAUGAAGGUGACCAGCUCUAUGUUCAAUGGGCAACCAAUUAAGAGAGUAGACAGGUGCACUGGUGUCCAUUUUCACAGCAUUCAUGCACCCACAUUCAUGUUUUAUUGUUCAACACUCUAACAGGUAACACCUGCUGAAAUGUUAAUACAGUUACUACAUGUGUGAAAGACACUAAUACAGUAAAGUCUUUGCGAUUUUUUUUUUUUUUUAUAACCAGUAAUCAAUUUUGACAGAAAAAGUCUUGACUGAGUCAGUAAUAUGAUUCUGAAAGAGGAAUGUGAGAGAAAUGCAUUUUUUAAUCCCUUCUUGACAAAUAUAUAUAUAUUGGUGACUCUAUAUAUAUUAUAUUGACCAGUCCUUUUAUCUGUCGCGCCAACAUUCUUCAAUACACAAAAUGUACAUUAUAACGCACAUUCACUUACUGAGGUGUUCACCGUUUUGAGCUCCGUUGUUAAACUUGGAGCUGCUCAUUCGCAGCAUGUUGUCUGUUUCAAAUCCCCAUUUAGAGCUCAGAUUCUCAACAAAGCAUUAAAGGUGAAAUAAGGGUGCUAACGAAGCCUUUCUUUUCUGUUUGUAUGAAAAACAACAAAAAAAACACUGAGCUGUAGUAAUGAUAUUGUAUCAGCAUUGUAUUAUUGAUAUUUAUUUAUAUGAAUUGUUCGUACUGAUCGUGAGUCUUCUGAUAACUUUUAUUUGCGAGACAAAUUGUGAACGUGAAAAUUAUGGUUGUUGAUGUCAAAAACCUGAGGAUCCUGUGGAUAUGUUAAGAAAAAGCUCCUACGGUAGUAAAAUAAGUGCAAACGCUUUAACAGUCACACGGUCAACGAUUUCAAACGUGUUAUUCAGACCAAACAGGAUCUCCCAACCCACAACCACAUCAUUUAGACGUGUAUAAAUGGAGCGUGUUAAAAGUCUGCUCUGGUUUUGUUUAGAAAACGUGAACAAGUUUCGUCUUUUUUGUAUUUGUAUUUUUUAUUUUUUUCCCUUUAGCUGAUAUCAGAUACCCAUAAUGUAAAAAUAUCAUUGAUGCCUGAGGAGCUGGUUGUAUUUUUUAUGGAUUUAUUGUAAUUAAAAAGCAGACGUUGAGUGUAAUGGAUUGCUGAAACAUUUUAUUACACACCAAUACAAAUGUUUUUCGUUUUUCUUUUCAUUAACUGUCGUCUUUUUCUAUCAAAAGUGCUUGUUAAAUGCCAUGUUUCUUAAAAAAUUCAUUAUCAUUUAUAGUGUGAACUUGUGAGACAUCUGAAUGUGAGACUGUCAAAGUUUAUUCACAUAUGUCCUCUCCAUUAGGUUAAAUAUCCAUCUGGUGAACUUGCAUCUGCCUGCUUCACUGCCAUACAGUUUGUGUCAGUUCUACUUUAUUGUUUCUAAAUAAAGUGGCAAAUUGUUACAGUAUAGAUAUUGUCAUUGUUUAAUAAGCACUACUUUAACGAUUGAACGUUACUGUGAUACUACAGUGAAUGCAAUAAAAGUGUUUUAUAACAUCUUUA